AGCGAGGGCGGCUGCGGAGUCCAGGAUGAAGCGGAGCUUGUGCUCAGGGUACCACACAGUCAGCCCGAGUUCGGAGGCGCCCGAGGCCUCUGCGCCCGUGAGCAAGAGGAGGCCACAUGUGUGCUCGGGAUGAAAGCGGAUUACAGCCUCGUUGCUGCUGUGGCAGGUCGCCUGGCCGGUGAUGUCGGUGAUGCCCAGUUGGUGGUUGAGCGAGUAAAUACGCACCGGCACCGAGACCUGGCGUCCGGACAACACAGCCGUAUUGACAACAGCGUGCGUCUGAACAGCACCGGGAUUCGGUUUUCGAAGUGA